AUGGUUGAUAAAAAUAUUCACAGCGAAUCUUGGUAUCAUGGACUAUUACCACGUGAAGAUAUUAGAGUGAGUUGUAGCUCCCUCUGCGUUUCUGACCGUCUAGCUUCUCUGCGUCUCUCAAAAUCCUAUGCACUAAAGAUAUCUCGCGCGAAGCGCCCCGGUAUCUUCCGCGAAGCGGCUCGAGCGGAGCGAGUGUUGCUCUCUCUGCGUCUCUAACCUCUAGCUUCUCUGCGCCUCGAGCGGGUUGAGUGUUGCUCUCUCUGCGUCUCUAACCUCUAGCUUCUCUGCGGCUCGAGCGGAGCGAGUGUAGCUCCCUCUGCGUGUCUAACUAUCUAGAUUCUCUGCGACUCUCAAAAUCCUAUUCUCACUCCUACCCCAAGCCGCCCAUCUUUUUUUUGCAGUUAAUGUUACGAAAAAAUGGAGAUUUCUUGGUUCGAACCACCGAACCACGAAAAGGCGAACCAAGACAAUAUGUGUUGUCAGCGAUGAAAAGCGAAGAAUUGGAAGAUAAUGGCAUCAAACAUUUCGUUUUGAAAGAGGGAAAAGGACACAUUUUCAUCGAGACCAAACCAUUUGACACGAUUUCUGCACUUGUUGCACAUCAUAUGAGCACAAAAGAGCCCAUUAAGGUAUGUAGACGUUCUGCAGACGCGACUCCUUACCAGAGUGCAUCUCUAGGCGUGGCUCCUAGACAAUAAAUAUCUCUGGGCUCGGACCCUUACCCAAGUUUGCGGUAAUUCGAAUUCUUUCAGGGAACUGUUCUUCAAAACGCCAUUGUAAAACAAGACUGGGAAAUUGAUCAUAGUCAAGUAACAUUGACAAAAAAGUUGGGUGAAGGAGCAUUUGGUGAAGUUUGGAAAGGAAAAAUCAAAUUGAAGCGUGGCAAAACUGAAGAUGUUGCAGUGAAAUCGGCAAAACUUGAGACAUUGAACAAGGAGCAAAUCAAAGAAAUCAUGAGAGAAGCUCGUCUCAUGAGAUUUCUCGACCACCCAAAUAUUGUUCGUUUUUACGGUGUUGGCGCAGGUCAAGAACCGCUUUAUGUUAUCAUGGAAUUGGCGGAUUGUGGUGCUCUUGAUUCAUAUCUUCAGAAGAAUCAAACACUUCAAUUUCCCAAAAAAAUUGAGAUGAUUUAUCAAGCGGCGUGUGGAAUUGGAUAUAUGCAUGACAAGCAUUUGCUUCAUCGAGACAUUGCUGCGAGAAAUUGUUUGUAUGGUGGAGGACAGGUUAAGAUUAGUGAUUUUGGUUUGUCGAGAGAGGGAACGUUUUAUAAGAUGGAUAUGUCGAAGAAGGUUCCGAUUAGAUGGUUGGCGCCGGAAACAUUGAGAGGUGGAAUUUAUUCGCCGAAAUCUGAUGUUUAUGCGUUUGGAAUUAUGAGUUGGGAGAUUUGUGAGAAUGGAAAAGAGCCGUAUGCUGAUCAAAGAGUUGCUGAUGUGGCGAGAGAUGUUUUGACUGGCAAAAGGCUUCCUUUCAAACCAGAUAUUUGUCCAGAAUUUGUCAAAUUCAUUAAUGUGAGUGGUUUUGGUGGAACAUGUGCAUUUUUUAUCAAAAAAUUUGAAUUUCAGACCUCAUGCUGGCCCGAAAAUCCAAACGACCGUGCUUGUAUGUCAGUGAUCAUCAAAUACUUUCAAACCACUUAUAAAUUCAAACCAGUUUAUGGUAAAUUCAACGAUGAACUUUCGCAAACCAACACAAAACCAACUGUCAAAACUUUUUUUGGUGGUGUAAGUUGCAAUUUUUGGACAACAUUUUGAAAUAUUGUUUUUUUUCAGCUCUUCAACAAACACGAGCCAACUACAUGA